CUGAAGAAACCCAUUGAACUGUACCGGUAUGCCCGCCUGCACACACCCGUGCUGCAGUCAGUGCAUCAAUUUUGUAUAGGAAAUGGCUGUUGGAGGCAUCGCAGCAACGUCAGCUGUGAAACACUUAGGCUGAGCGCGCCUCCCUCUCUCUCCAUCCUGUAACCACGAGCUGAGGGGAGGAGGGCUCUGCUUUUUCUGUGCAAUGGGGGAGAAGAGAGCGCUGGCAACAGAAACAUGUCAGCCUCCGACUCCAGCGCUAAAGGACUCAUCUGUAACAAGGGUUCAGCCGAUUCCUGCACUAGUCGACCCUCGGAUUCCGACCUGUCCCUGGAGGAGGACCAGGAGGCGUCUCGGCGUGAAGCCGAGCGCCAGGCUCAGCUACAGCUAGAGAGAGCCAAGUCCAAACCGGUAGCAUUUGCAGUGAAAACCAAUGUGAGCUACUGUGGGGCCCUUGAUGAAGAUUGUCCAGUCCAAGGUGCUGCUAUUAACUUUGAAACAAAAGACUUCCUGCACAUAAAAGAGAAAUACAACAAUGACUGGUGGAUUGGUCGGCUGGUGAAGGAAGGGGCAGACAUCACUUUUAUCCCGAGCCCAGUCAAACUGGAAGCCAUGAGGAUCAAACAAGAGCAGAAAGCAGCAGCAAGGAAAGGAGGGAACGCUUCAUCUGGAGGCUGGAGAUCCACCCCGCCAUCUGCAGCCAAACAGAAGCCGAAACAGACGGAACUUGUUCCUCCGUAUGACGUGGUCCCUUCGAUGCGCCCGGUGGUGCUGGUGGGGCCUUCGCUGAAAGGAUACGAGGUAACAGACAUGAUGCAGAAAGCCUUGUUUGACUUCCUAAAGCACAGAUUUGAUGGCAGGAUCUCCAUUACGCGGGUGACUGCUGAUCUAUCGCUGGCGAAGCGCUCGGUGCUGAACAAGAAGGCCAUAAUGGAGAGAUCCAACACGCGCUCCAGUCUGGCGGAGGUCCAGAGUGAGAUAGAGAGGAUCUUUGAGCUGGCCAAGUCCCUCCAGCUGGUCGUCCUGGAUGCAGACACCAUCAAUCACCCAGCACAGCUCCUCAAAACCUCUCUGGCUCCCAUCAUUGUCUACGUCAAAGUCUCCUCACCUAAAGUUCUUCAGAGGCUGAUCAAAUCUCGAGGGAAGUCACAAAGCAAACACCUCAACGUCCAGAUGAUGGCAGGAGACAAGCUGGCACAGUGUCCACCUGAGAUGUUUGAUGUCAUCCUGGAUGAGAAUCAGCUGGAGGAUGCAUGUGAACAUCUGGCUGAGUACCUGGACAUUUACUGGCGAGCUACUCAUCUCCCCUGUUCUGCCCCUGUUAACCCCUUACUGGACCAAAGUGAGGUCACCCCACCCUCAGCUAACUCCAGCCAACAAUUUUCUGAGACUCAAGAGUUGAUAGAAUGAUCACUACCACGGACAAAGUGUUUCUUGUCUUGAAAUGCCCCCCCUGCUCCACUGCAGGAAGCCCCUCGUCCGGAAGGUCAAAGAGCACAGGGACCAGGGCGCCACCAGGGGGCAGCAGUAGCCCUCAGCACCUUCUCUGGCCACACCUGGCCGGCGAAGAGAACACGAGCAGAGCACCUCCAAGGAGAGAAAGAGCAAGGGGCUGGUGAGCUGGAGGAAGAGGAGACACAAAACAGGGAGAGGAGCAGGAGGGAGGAGGAGGAGGAGGAGGAGGAGGAGGAAGAUUCAAGAGAGGAGCCUGCACCUCACUGCUGCCCCCUCGGGAAAGAGCUCCCUGCUCCCACCACCGUGCGACAACUCAGGGCCGCUUUCUACAGCUACACUUCUUACUGGUAACAAAAACCAGUGCAGCAGUGCAGUCCUGCACGCCACCCCCCCCCCCCCCCCCCCCGCUCCCCCCAUCCUCCCCCCUCCCCCUCCCUCCCUCCCACCCUGACCUCGUUCCCAACUCCUCCGUGCUUUCACACUGGAAGUCACAUUUCUCAGCCUGGAGAGCUGAGUUGGCCCAUGUGUGAUCAGACCCCCCCAACCCCUUCCUCCUCCCUCCCCACCCAGAGGAGGCAGUCCCAGACACACAUGGGCUAAUUCAGCUGUGGUUGUAGAUAAAUACAUGUGAGGAGAGAAAAGAGAACUGUAGCAUAGCAACACUAUAAGUAUUAUUCAAGAUACAAACACGAGUAGCUUCCCAGGGUUUCCUCUCUGGAGACCCGGUUUCCCCUUUUGGCCAAAGAGUGCAGAGAGACAGAAUCCGAGUCUGUUUGUCCUCCGUAUCUACAGCUGUCCGUCGGCUGUCAUUCCAGUUUAAACCAAAUGUCUCCUCAAAGGCACAAUUGUUUCCAGCAGAAUCAACAUGGUCUCCCAAGGAAAAUGAUAACUUCCUUUCCUUGUUUAUCCAGUAGCCUUUUUAAAGUGUUAUUUAUUCACAAAUAUGUUUUACAGCAACUAUCUAUACAACUAUGUACGAUUCAUAUCUUGCUCUCGGUAUAACAGUUCACUUAUCUGUAUGCAACAGUGAUGCAAAGCUCAUGCAUGACAAGCACAUACUUGCACAUCAAGACUAUAUGCAUAUUUUGUCACAGCUGUGAAUGUAUAAAUGCUGGAAGGAUUAUUUACAAUAACUGUGGUUUGUUUGCAGAUAUUUAGCGGAAAAUUUGAUAACCUUCAAAAUUAACCCCAAACUGUGGUUGUCAUGAAAUAUCUUUUUUUUUCUUUUUUUUAAACCACAAAGAAAUUAGUUAAGUUAUUUAUAAUUUAUUUUUUCUGAAAAAAUUGGAAAAAUCUUGACACAUAAUUGAAGCACAAGCAAAUCCAAAAAAAGGACAGUUUUGUUGCUCCAGUCUCAGGCUUGUACAAACUGGCAUUGAUGACGGUUGACUGUCCUUUUUUUGCAGAACCCUUACUCUUAUUACCGGGUGUUGUACAGUACAUAAUUCUUUAUAGAAAUAUUUGCCAUUGCCUGUUUAAUAUAUUUUACUUCUUCACAAUGACUAUGAUAAAUUGUGCGAGAUGAAACAACCACAUCAUGUCUUGUUCUUAAGGUUUCCAAGUGGACUGCAAAAAACAUAAAAAUCACUUAAAUCAGUAUAUUUUCUGUAUGAUGUCCAAAGACAAUAUAUUUAAAGAUGAAUAAUACAUUGAAUAUAACCUACUCGUCCACUCAUUAGUGUAUCGAAAAAGUGGAUGUACUAUUAUGCAUAAACAGCUAAACAUGUGAAUAUCAGCCCAACAUGUAGGGAGUAUCGGGAGGGGGGCCGCUAGUGGAAUAGUCAAGUUCAUACUUUCAAAUCCUAUCAAAUUCCUAUUUCUCUGCCAACUGCAUAGCAAUGGCCAGAUUUAACUUUAACUACUACAUACAUGAGUAAUAUGUACAACUUCUAGUCAUAAGACAAGUCAAAUAAAUGUAUUUGCUGCAAAUCCUAAAAGCUUCAUCCAAACGUUGCAAAGUCAACAAUUGCCUCUUUUGUUCAUAUAAUCAGUGCAAUCACAUUAUACAUAAUACAGCACCCACAAUACAUAUAAGUAAUUCACUGACAUUCUCGACAAUGAUGCAACCUCUUUCACCUUCUAAAACUCUAGAAUUCAGCUAGCAUACAACUUAUGUAAAUACUGUAAUGUAUGUGCAUGACGUAUCGCAUUCCUGUUUUAUCCGAAGGGCUUUUUAGGACCAUCCUCACACGAGCCACUUGACUUACACAAGUCACAUGUUAUCAAGGCUUAAUUGUACAUACGGUAUAUUAGAUAUGCAGGUACCAUCAUCAAAUUGCACAGAAACAACACAUUGCUUACAGGAAAUAGACAGAUUUUAAUCACAGUACACACUUCUAUACUUAACACCUCAGAAAGCAUGUUUUUUAUAUAUAUUCCUCUCUUUUUGCAAUUACGCAUACGCUUUAAUGUUUGCAUCCACCGACACCCACAUUCAUUUUUGAGGACCAGGUUUGAGGUACAUAACUUCUACUUGAUGAAACACAGAGAGCACAACAGCUUCUUUUGCUAAAGAUUUACUAGAUAUUAGCUUCCUCCAUUUACUUAAUUUGUAUUGAAGGGAAUUUCUACAAAUAUUGAAUUAUUCUUUCGCCGUAUAAAGCACAAUUUUUUACUAUUAGAAUUUCCUAUCGCGCUUCUCUCGCCUAAAUUCUGUACGCAAUACAAAGUCCACCAUCGACGAGACACUAGCUGAGACUAUCAAGAUAUCUCCUCAAUAAUGAUGGGGUGUAAUUGCACUACUAUCAUUUAUAUGUCUGCUUUACGAUGCAAUAAAUGCACUUGACGUCAAACUGUACCCACAUCCAGUACUGAACCAGUUGUCGAUGAAGAUGUCAACGUUUCCUCUGGUUUCUGCCGAGCUGACCAAACAAACGUAACACAACAGUGUCUGAUGACGGUGUGUCUAUGGAGUGCAACUUUUGGCUUUAGCACAUUUCAAAGGGGAGGUGAUUAAAACACAAACAUUUAAGUAA